AAUCUUCGGGUAAAUGAGAGGAUAGACCGAGAGAGCAUCUGCGGGGCCGUGUCGCCCUGUGUCCUCCGCUUGGAGGCAUUCAUGGAAAACCCUUUCGACAUGUUUCAUGUGAGCGUUACUAUCCAGGAUAUCAAUGACAAUGCGCCGCAGUUUGACAAAGAAUUUGUUACCAUAGAAAUGAUCGAGUCGACGCCUCCUGGGACCAGGUUCCCACUUGGCAGUGGCAGAGACCCCGACAUUGGGGCAAACUCAUUACAAAAGUACGAACUUACCCCCAAUCCACUCUUCUCACUCUUCGUGAGGGAGAGUCCUGAUGGGACGAAACACGCGGAACUAGUACUGGAGAAAAACUUAGACCGAGAAAAACAGAGAAACCACAAUUUGAUACUGACGGCACUGGAUGGUGGGGAUCCAGUCCGAUCCGGGACAGCCCAGAUUAAUAUUAACGUGACCGACGCUAAUGACAACCCGCCAGUAUUCACCAAAGAGAUCUACAAGGUUCAACUGAUGGAAAACCUGCCAGAGGGCUCCUUAGCUUUUCAGGUGAAAGCUACUGACAGUGAUGAAGGUACAAAUGCAGAAAUUACCUACUCUUUCAGUGACAUCGCAAGGAGCGCUCGCCAGGUCUUCUCUCUGGACCCCAAGACAGGGGAUGUGAAGGUUACAGGCCUAUUAGAUUAUGAAGAAAGGAAAUAUUAUGAGGCGAGUGUUGAAGGGAAGGACGGGGGAGGCCUGACUGCCCACGCCAAAGUGCACAUAGACAUUAUAGAUGUAAAUGACAAUGCGCCAAGUCUUUCCCUUCUGCCUAUCUUGAACCCGAUACCCGAAGACACAGUCCCAAGCACAGUUGUAGCUGUGAUCAACGUCCGUGACAGAGAUUCGGGAGAAAAUGGAGAAGUGAGCUGUAACAUGGACGGAAAUCUGCCUUUCAGAUUAGAAAUGUCAUCGGAGAACACCUAUAAACUUAUAAUAGCCAGUGCCCUGGACAGAGAAGCAGUGUCCGCUUACAAUAUUACCAUCACUGCAAGGGACCGGGGCAGGCCGGCGCUGUGGAGCGAGGCGGAGCUGGUGCUGGAGGUGUCGGACGUGAACGACAACGCGCCGGUGUUCGAGGAGGCGGCGUACAGCGCGUACGUGCGGGAGAACAACGCGGCGGGCGCGCUGGUGGUGCGCGUGAGCGCGCGGGACGCGGACGCGGGCGCCAACGGGCGCGGCACCUUGCCCUACUCCUACAACCUGUGCGUGGCCGCGCCGGCCCGCGCCGCCGCCGAGGCCGCUUGGCCGCCGCCGCCGCUGCCCAUCCUGCCCGCCGAGGAGCUUCUGGCCGGGGAGCCCUGCGACAAGCCGAGCCCGAGCAGCAGCGCCGUCGCGGGAGAGCCGCCCACCGACCCCGACGCACCGCAGAGCUUUUGCUUAGAUUUUGAUGACUGCAACGCCCCUUUAAGCAAUUACCUGUGA